UGUUUAAAAGCAAUAGAGGGAGAACAAGUUAAAACUGUGCGCCUUGAAUAAAUUUCCUGUUUUGUAGAUCCAAUGAACAGCCGUUAUUGCUUCACUUGUAAGACUUGUGCUGAAUAUUCUGAUCUGAGAGCUUCCUUGCUAUGUCAUAUUAUAAACUCUUCAACUUCUAAGAUAGACUUUAUUCAUUUUACUCUCAGAACAUCUGGCGUUAUGUUAUUACUGGACUACAACUUACAGAAUUAAACCCCCCCAUGUUUUGUUCCUGUCAUCAACUGCAGUAGGAAGCUUUUUUAAAGGAAUAACUGCAAAGAUGCUCAAAGAAGGUAGAUGGUCAGGGUCUCCAAAGAUCAGUCCACAAGGAUAUUGCUGGGGGUCAGCAUCUCCAAGGGCCAGUCCACAAGGAUAUUGCUGGGGGUCUGGAUCUCCAAGGGUGAGUCCACAAGGAUAUCGAAUGGAUAUAAUUCGAUCACCAACCUAUCAAAGACAACUCAGUGAAAGUUAUGAGGAUAGGAUUGAGCGGCGGCAUCAAAAUCGUGAAUAUCUACGUGCUCGUCGGAAUAUAACAACAUGUCGCAGCCACAGAAAAUCCUGGAAUAAUGAACUUGAGGAAAAGGUACAAAAUCUGAGACAAGAAGAGUUUUUGAAAAGAAGGAAUUUAACACCAGCGAAAGAAGUAGAUAAAAGUGAUUCUCCUAGGCUAUUCAAACAACGGAGGAUAGAAACAACAGCAGCUUCUGGGAAAAUAUCCUGGGUCAUCAAUGAAUCUCCAUGCCAAGCAACUUUCAUUAAAGAAAUAUCUAAAAGGGAAAGAGGUACUCAAACAUACACAAGUACAAAGAGCCGCCAACAUGCCAGCCAACAAACAGACUAUGGAACUACAGUCCUGAAUGAGGAAAUCAUGCAGCUUUCUGACUAUCUGAAGGAAGCAUUGCACAGAGAGUUUUGCCUUAAACAAAAGCUUGCAGUUUUGCAACAGCUUCUACCAACCUUAUUACAAACAUCAGAAAAAUCCUGGAAGGCUCUGCUGGCUGAAGAUGCCCUUAGAAAUAAAGUGACAACCCUGGAAACUCAGCUACUUCUUUCUGCAAAGAAUUAUACAAGGGAUAGUUUGAAGAAGGCUGCAAUUCAGAUGGAGGAGCAGAAACUUAAGUAUGAGCAGAAAGCAAAAGAAUCCCUACAGAGAGUCAUCAAAGAGAAACUAGCAACAGAAGAAAAACUACAGAACAGUCAGAAACAACAUACAAGACUGAAUGCCAAAAGUUUGUUGAAAGUACUCCCAAAGAGGUUGUUAGGACAAACCAGUUCUAAUAAAAAUGAAAAACGUGAUUAUUAUAAAUCACUGACUGUCACUGAACAAGACUGCUUGUAUUGGAAGGAGCAUUAUGAAAUGAUGAAGAAAAACUGGAGUGAAUUAUGUACCAAGAACACAGAGCUAAAUAAUGAGCUUUUAGACCUGCAGAGCAAACUACAGAUUGCAGAAGGCCAGAAAACCCAACUUCAAGAACUUGAAGAGAAGCUGGGUAUUAUGGGAAAGGAACAGGAAGAAAUGCAGUCUAGACUAGAUGUUUUACAUGAAGACAAUGAACUGAAAAAGGAACAACUUAGCACUAUGAAAGUCAAAGUAAGAAGUGUUGAAGAAGAGAAGUUAACCAUGGGAACCAAGUUUAUGUCUUUAGAAGUUAAACUAAGAAAUGCAGAAGAAAAAAAACAGAACAUUGAAAAAAGCUUCACAAAUCUAAAGGAGAAACUGAAAACUGUUGAAGAGCUGAAAUUAAACACGGAGACAAAAGUGGCAUAUUUAGAAGAGAAACUGAAAACUGCUGAAGAGCUGAAAUUAAACACGGAGACAAAAGUGGCAUAUUUAGAAGAGAAACUGAAAACUGCUGAAGAGAUGAAAUUAAACAUGGAGACAAAAGUGGCAUAUUUAGAAGCUAAACUAAGGAAUGCUGAAGCAGAGAAUGUAAAGAUGGAAGCAAGGGUGACAUCUUCAGAAGCAUCACUUAGAGAGAAGUCAUCCCAGUUACAGAUGGAAGAAAUUCUACACAAAAGAGAUAUUAUGAGAGUCCUGCAGAAUCAGAAGGAAGACACUUCUGUAGCAAAGACUAUAGAAGCCAGAGAGAAGAAACUACAAGAUGAACUCCAGCAAGCAGAAUCGCGGAUUAAAUCUUGUGAAAAAGAAUGUGCAGAAUUAAGAGCUGAACUGGAGGCUCUGGGAGACGAAUAUUACUCCUGCCAAACAAAGCUGCAACAGUGUAGAGAGGAACUGAAUCAUUUUCACAGGAAACAUUCCCGGAACUGUUGCACUCGAUGGAUUCCUUUUCUUAUGCUGCUGAUAGCAACAGCGAUGGCUGCAUUUUACAGCAACAUGGACCGAUUCUUUUUUUGACAAAGAAGCUAACUACGCUACCUCAGGUUUUAUUUUAUACUGACAAAGAACUGCCAAACACAAACAAUUAGACCAGUUACAAGCACUGUGCCAUUGCACUUGUUAUCCCCGUCUGGAUGGUUCUUUUAUUUGUUUGGUUGAUUGUCUGUUUGGGUGCUUGUUUCUUUUGUAAGGUCGAUAAUGUACAAAGUCUGAGUUUGUUAUAACUUUACUAUGCAUGUAUGUGUAUUUACCUUUUCUGUUGUGUUAAAACACAUGUAUUUGUAUUACAAUUACCACUGUGAUGCAAGGUUUGCAAUAAAAGUCCAUUAAUUAA